GUAUCCUCACAAGGCGUAACGCUCACCGAUAACACUCGAAAAGUGUUCUUCCGUCGGCAUUUCCCCGUUAACACUAAUGCUCGAUUAUUUGCUAUCGUUGCAAGAAAGCCAUCCUCCAUGGAAAAUGCAUGUCAUGUAUUUGCUGAAUUCGAACCGGAACAGCCAGCAACAGCUGUAGUGAACUUCAUCAAUAAAGUUUUAUUUGCCAAUAGGAGAUCAUGA